UAUUUUUUCAUCAUUAAAAAGGAAAAAAGAAAGAGGAUUUAUGAAUGUGGUGGGUUAAUCACCUUUCUUUUUUCUUUUGAUUGUAUUCGUAGUUAUUAAAAAAAAAAAAAAAGAUUUACGCGCUCUCUUACUCUUACCGUCUGCUUUCUCUCUCUCUUAUUUCCUUUCUCCCGGGGUUCCUCCGACGCACGACGGAGGGAGAGAAAGAAAGAGCCCACAACUUUCAAAAGUUGAAUUUCUGGGGCUUUUUUAAAUUUUAUUUUUUCUUGUGUGGUCGAUUUUCAGUCUAGCUAGUUAGAUAGGUUGGAUUGAGAGGGAGGGAAGAGCAGAAGAAAAUAAAUAGAAUAGAAAUGUCAGCGGCAUUGGACCCUGUCGAUUGGCUUCUCUUCUCUCUCAGUAGAGCUUUCCGUAGUCCUCUUUCUGUUUUUGUUCAGAUCCAGGGAUGUGUAAUAUGCUUGACUCUUGCUAUUGGGUGGGCUUUUGCUGCUUAUGUCAGGAACAGAGAGAUCAAUAGAAUGAAGGAUGCCAUGAAAUGUGGCAAUAGCUUUGCUUUUUUGUGCCAUGAUAUUAAUGAACUUGAGCACACUAAUCAGGUCAAUCUACCAAGAGUUACAGUCGUGAUGCCUUUAAAAGGUUUUGGAGAACAUAAUCUGCACAACUGGAAGAGUCAGAUCACAUCUCUCUAUGGUGGUCCUCUAGAAUUUCUUUUUGUGGUGGAAAGUACUGAAGAUCCCGCUUACCAUGCUGUAUCUCGGUUAAUAAGGGAUUUUAAGGGGGCAUCAUUUGAGUGUCUUCUCUGUGGCUUUACUUCUUGCCUUCCUGAUUUCAUUGCAUGUUUUUCUGCGCAGGAUGAUGUUGAUGCUAAAAUCAUUCUGGCUGGUUUGUCAACAACCUGUAGUCAGAAAAUACAUAACCAGCUGGUUGGGGUGGAAAGAAUGCAUAAAGAUACCAAGUAUGUAUUAUUUUUGGAUGAUGAUGUUAGGCUUCACCCUGGAUCAAUUGGAGCCCUCACUGCUGAGAUGGAAAAGAAGCCUGAGAUAUUUAUUCAAACUGGAUACCCUCUUGAUUUACCGUCUGGAAGUUUAGGGAGUUACUGCAUCUAUGAAUACCAUAUGCCUUGCUCUAUGGGAUUUGCCACCGGUGGGAAAACAUUUUUUCUUUGGGGAGGGUGUAUGAUGAUGCACGCUGACGAUUUUAGACGUGACAAUUAUGGUGUGGUCUCAGGACUUCGAGAUGGUGGAUACUCUGAUGAUAUGACACUAGCUGCUAUAGCGGGAGCCCACAAGAGGCUUAUUACGUCCCCUCCUGUAGCUGUUUUUCCUCAUCCUCUUGCAAGUGAUCUCAGUUUCUCUAGGUACUGGAAUUACUUGAGGAAGCAAACAUUUGUUUUGGAAUCAUACAUAAGCAGGGUUAAUUGGCUAAUGAAUAGAGGACUGUUUUCAUUCCAUUGUUAUCUUUCAUGGGGAUUUGUAGCACCAUACUUUAUGGCUGCAGUUCAUAUUGCAGCAGCAUUACAAAUCUAUAUCAAGGGUUAUUCAUAUGAGGAAACAACCUGUACUACAAGUGGAUUGUUACUAGCAAGUUGCUUAGCUAUAUGUACCCUUACGGAGCUACUUUCUAUGUGGAACUUAACAAGGAUUGAAGUUCAACUAUGCAACAUGUUAUCCCCUGAGGCACCUAAGCUCUCACUUGAUUAUUACAACUGGAGCUUGAUAUUUGUCGCAUUGCUGGUUGAUAACUUUCUAUACCCUAUCUCUGCCUUCCGAUCUCAUUUCUCUCAAUCAAUCAAUUGGUCGGGUAUUCGAUAUCACUUGAAGAAUGGAAAAAUAAACAAGAUUGAAAGGAACAGAGGUAGGGGACCAAAGUUCACAGACUUGGGAGGUAAGCAUUUAUAUGGGAAAAAAGGAGCUCCUCCAAAAGCCUCAUUCCUAAGCUCAUUGGCGAGAAGUUUGUGUCAAUGGCAUCAACCCAAGAAAUACGAGGUUUAGCAGAGAGAAGGAAUGUUUAUUUUUUGUGACCAUUGUGGCUCUUCAUUUUUAGAUCCGAGUGGAAGCAGCAAGGUUUCUGAAGCACAGAUUCUUUAGUUGAUUGGUGGUGGGAUUAUUUGAUGAUUCCUUAUUGGAUUGGUUUUAGUGGUUUAGGAAUUUUCGCCCUCAUUUUUUAGUUGCCAUUCAAUCAGAUUUAUUCUUAAUUUUAUCAACCCUCUUCAUCCGGGGGCUGACUUUGUAACUUGUAUCGAUUUCGUCCUGUAAUUUUAUUAAAUGAUUAUAUGCAGUCGGUGUUCAAAUGUGAGACACAAAGUUUAGUGUUUGUGAUUUUACAGCUUUCCAAUCCGCAUCUGUAUGUAUCGACUGCCCAUUUUGUGUUA